GCCACUGGUCAACCUUUUGCCUGAAUAAGGCAGUGCUCCUCAUUUUUUUCCCUUGUUAACUCUUUGUUUUCCAGCCAAAAGAUUUGCCUGCAGCCCCCUCCAAAUGAAGCGUAACAAAGUCAAAAUUGUGAUUAAAAACAAAUACAAAGUACAGUUCGGGCCUGUAAAGUUUCAUGUGACAUCAUCCAGGAUGCAGUGACAAGAGGAGGAGAGAUUCUGCCGAGACUUCUCCUCCUUCCCAUCUUGGGUGGUUCAUGUAAGCAACCUCCACUCGCUCUCCAAACAUGCAUCCUUAUGAAGCACUGCGCUGUGAGGUGUGAUGUCAAGACUGAGCUCUCGCAGCUCUCCAGACAAGUCUAAAGGAGGAUCGAGGAGAGGCUGAAAACUUCUAACAAGUCCAAAGACUUUCCACAAGACACACAAGUUUGCAUCCUGUAAACAGACAUGGAGUCAAAAACUGAUGCUGUACCAGCAUCGAUGACCAGCGAAGAACUGGCUGCUAUUGAGGAUGAAGAGGUUCUCAACAAGAUGCUGGAUAAAGCAACAGAUUUUGAAGAGAGACGAGUGAUACGUGCUUCAUUGAGGGACCUGCUCAAGAAAAAGAGAGAUAAACGAGAGCAGGAUCGAGGAUCGAGGCAGCAGGACUUGAGACAGCAGGGACUGAGCAAAGGAGGGACAACAGGUGGAGCUGUUAGCAUAGGCAGAGCAUCCAUGAACCAGCUGCCACCCACAAACAAGCCGCCAGGCCAGCCCUCUGCAUCAGCAGGCAGCAAGGCCAGUCCUGAUGUAGCCUCAGCCCAGAAAUGUCCUCCUGCUGUAGCACCCAACCUUAAAAAUGUCAAACAGAUGCUUCUGGACUGGUGCAGGGCCAAAACAGAGCCAUAUGAGGGGGUGGACAUCCAUAACUUCUCCUCAAGUUGGAAAGACGGCAUAGCCUUCUGCGCCUUGGUACACCGCUUCUUCCCCGAUGCGUUCGAGUACUCCAUCCUCAACCCCAACAAGCCUAGGGAAAAUUUCCAGCUGGCCUUCAACACUGCAGAGAGGCUGGCUGGCUGCCCCCCUCUGCUGGACGCUGAUGACUUAGUCCGGAUGAAUGAGCCCGACUGGAAGUGUGUGUACACGUACAUCCAGGAGUUUUACCGCUGCCUGGUGGAGAAAGGCCUGGUCAAAACCAAAAAGCGACCAUAGACUCUACGAAGUCAGACAGCUUUCAUGAUUGGCUGUGAUUAUCAAUUUAAUACAUCAUACACAUCAAAAGAAUAUUAUUAUGCACCUUUUUCAUCUGAAUAUUUACAUUAUAGAUAUUAAGUAUUAAUGUGUUUGGCUGAUGCAUCAUGUGAAUGUAAAUGCCCAGUGCCUAGUGUAGUAUUUGUAUUGGUUUGUCUCAGCAGAGACUAAUGGGUGUCUAUGUGUUCUCAGUGGACAGCUGGCGAUUCGGAUCAGUGCAUUCCACUGAGAUUACACAUCUGCAUUAAUCCCAGUCAGGGCCAUAGAGAAUCUGGGAACAAAUGUUAUCAUGAGGCUGUUGAGGGCCUGAGGGCGUAAGUUUUACAGACACAUUUAAUAAAUAUUAUCCAUUCCAUUAUA